AAACAAAAUCAAGGAAAUCGUGGAAAUUGCAGAAAUCAUGAGAGUCAUGGAAGUUAUGGAGGUCAUGGAAUUCAUGGAAGUUACAAAAGUCAUGAAGUUAUAGCAGUUGGUAGAGGUAGUGGGAAGAGUCAUGAAAAUAAUGAAGAUACCAAUUCUGUUCAAG